AAAAACGCACUGACAAAUUGCAGACACACGGUAAACGGUUUUGCUUCAGUUCGAAAACGCUUGCAAGGGGUGCGGGUGCAUGCCACACACACCACACACACACACCACAUACACUACAUUAUCAUUGUUAAUAUUGAAUUGCAGUCAAGUGUCGGUGUCGCAAGUUCAAGUGCAAUUUGGCAAAUUGUUGUAUUUAUUUAAAUUUAAAGUGCUUCUCAAGUGGUCGAGUGACUGUUGUUGUUGUUAUUAUUAUUAUAAUUCAUUGGAAUACGAAAUGUUGCAACAUCAUCAGCAGCAAGCACAGGUGCCACAAUCCAGCGCCUAUUAUGAUUAUACUGAAACACCGAGUCCUGGGAGCAUGACCAAUGCCGAUUCCUUAAAUACAACGCCAUUUUCUGUUAAGGAUAUAUUGAAUAUGGUCAAUCAAACGGAAUCAUACGAAGGUGCCUACGGGCAUAUUGAAAGUGCCACAGCAGCAACAGCGCUCUAUGGCGCCGGAGAGUAUCAUCAACAGCAACAGCAGCAACAUCAGCUUCAGACCAAUCAGCAUCUCCAGCCAUAUCAGCAUCAGCAACAACAUCCUUCUCUGCUUCAUCAUCAUCAUCACCAUCAAGAGGAUGGGGCUAUAGGGUCGCCAUUGUUGCCGCCGCCGCCAAAUGGUCAUCAGUUGUAUGGCAGCUACGAUGACUAUGGCAUGCCCUCGCACAUGUUUCAGCAUCAUGUCCACCCACAUUCACACCAAAGUUUCCAUCAGUCAGUCCCCACCGCCGCCUACAAUGUGUCCGCCCAGCAGUUUUAUGCCGGCACCCCGGCAACUGCCUAUCAGACCAGUCCCGCCAAUUAUAAUUACAACUAUGUCGGAGCUGGCGACCCUUAUAGCAGCGCCUCCGAAUCGCCAUCUGUGGUCAAUGGUGGGUCAGUGGUGGCCGUUAAAAGUGAAUAUAUACCCACUCCCUAUGUCACACCCUCGCCCACCCUUGAUCUGAAUAGCUCUGCAGAGGUGGACUCGCUCACGCCGGCGCACAAGCUACUCGGAAACACAAAUACCCUUAACCAAAUCAGGACAGCAACCACAUCCGCUCAGGAGUGCGGCAAGAGAAAGGACAACAGCCAGGUCACCUCAUCCCGCUCGGAACUAAGGAAGAGUAAUGGCAAUGGUUGUCAAAUCAAUAGCUCCAGCAGCUCGGGCAAACAACGAAUGAAACGCAAGCCACGUGUGCUCUUCUCCCAGGCGCAGGUUCUCGAAUUGGAAUGCCGCUUUCGUCAUAAAAAGUAUCUGACUGGUGCCGAACGCGAGAUUAUUGCCCAGAAAUUGAAUCUCUCGGCCACGCAGGUGAAAAUCUGGUUUCAGAAUCGACGCUACAAGUCCAAGCGAGGUAGCAUCGAUUCUUGUGAAAGCCUGACCAAGCAUUUGAAACUGAAAAGGGAUUCACCCACUUUAUUGCCGCCGCCGCCACCGAUACCCAAUCACAUGCUUUGGCCAUCAUCCACCUCGACGAUCCAGCAACAUCAUGACACGCAGCUACAGCAUUUGGAGCACAUGCAGUAGGGGAUCAGAGACCUCCCCAUUGGCUUUCCUAAAUUCAGUUUUAAUUUAUUGCCAUCACAGAAAAGAAAAAUAUGUUAUUCCUCGACAGAAAUCAAAGAGGAAUCCCCCCAAAUAUAUAUGUAUUAUGUUAUAUGCCUUAAUAGUCUAAUGAAAACGCCUCAUAACUCUAGUACCUUGUUGUAUGUAAAU